GUUAAAACACAAAAUAAAAAUGACUACAAAUUAAAAUAUGAUAAUAUCGCUUAGCUUUAUUUUUAGCUUCAAUUGUUUUGUUUUCAGUCUCGACAAGUUUGUGUGUGAUAUCUACCCAGUCCUUUUGGUUGAUGACUUGGUUCCUUUGUGUUUGUGUGACCCUUUAUUGUUCAUCGUUAAUGCGCUUCUCACCGAAACCAGCCGCUGUAUCCUGUUUCCUUGCUGGGGAAUCUGGUCGACUUGAAAAUUCACCUUAACCUGGUUUCAGGUCCAUCUGACCUGGACUCCUCCCUUCUGAGACAACCUUAAAACUCUGAAAGCUAGGAUCAGAAGUCAUUACUACGAUUAACAGAGGAGCAAACACUUCCAAGCCAACGAAGCUGAGCAAACGAGAGCAAAAUGGUGUCUAUGUGUCGACAGAUUCUAGGCCUGUCCCUGGGCAUUAUUGGUUUCUUGGGAGCGAUUAUUAUUUGCGCCCUUCCUAUGUGGAAGAUGUCUGCGUUCAUUGGAGCCAACAUCGUGACAGCCCAAAUCGUCUGGGAGGGCUUGUGGAUGAACUGUGUGGUCCAGAGCACAGGACAGAUGCAGUGCAAAAUCUACGACUCGCUGCUGGCUUUACCUCAGGACCUGCAGGCUGCUCGGGCACUUGUGAUCAUUGCCAUCAUUAUCUGCCUCUUUGGGCUCAUCCUGGGGAUCGCCGGUGGAAAAUGCACCAACUUUGUUGAGAGAGAUGACUCCAAAGCAAAGGUGGCAAUCGCCAGUGGUGUGAUCUUCAUCGUCGCUGGAGUGCUGGUCCUGGUCCCCGUCUGCUGGUCAACUAACACCAUCGUCAGGGAUUUCUACAAUCCCAUUCUCACAGAUGCCCAACGGAGGGAGCUUGGGCCUUCUCUCUAUAUCGGAUUCGGUGUCUUGGGAAUCACUCUUUCAAUGAUCGGCUUUGCAGGAACCAUCAUCAUCUGCGCUCUGCCCAUGUGGAAGGUGACGGCCUUCAUGGGCACAAACAUUGUGGUGGCUCAGGUCUUCUGGGAGGGCCUGUGGAUGACGUGUGUGUACGAGCGCAUCGGUCAGAUGCAGUGUAAACUCUACGACGCGCUGCUGGAUCUGGAUCCUUCCCUGCAGGCGGCUCGCGGGCUGAUCGUGACCACCAUGGCUCUGGACUGCUUGGCUUUCUUCAUCUUUCUUGUUGGGGCUGACUGCACAAACUGCCUCAGUAACCCACGAGCCAAAGCACGGAUCGUGGUGGUCUCUGGGAUCACCUUCAUGCUUUCUGCACUGACCGCUGUGGUGCCCGUGUCCUGGACGGCCGACUCCAUCAUCAGAGACUUUCACAAUCCUAUCGUGCAUGAAGCGUUGAAGAGGGAGAUGGGGGCGGCGCUCUAUGUGGGCUGGGUCACGGCGGGCUUUCUGUUCGUCGGUGGGGCGGUUCUCUGCACCAGCUGCCCACCAGAGCGGCACAACUACUCACCGAGAUACACAGUAUCCAAGACUGACACUCACAGUGGCUACGCCAUAAAGAACUAUGUGUGAUAUACAACACAUGACACUAAACGGACUCGCUGAUCAAGUGCAACAGUGAUAUUACACAACUGAUAAACAAGUUCAAAGAAUAUAAUAUACUUGGCUUUUGAGGUUUCUGUGCUAAAUAAGAAAAGUGAAAAUAGGUAUUUUUAAUUGACUACCAAAAGAAAG